UAUAUGAAUAACGAAAUGAAUUAACCGAAAUUCAGUCAUUACUAAGCGACAUGACGCUUCACCCUGCUCAUGGAUACGACAUAACAGCAAAGAUUUUCCCUCAGCCGCAAGACGACAAGACGUGUUUUGCAUGAAUUUGCUCGUAAUAUGUUCUGUCUGAAUUUGAGAUUUUGAUGAUCCGCUCCCUUUUUAUCAACUUCAUGUCCAAAAUCCUUAAAAUUGAAACCACUAACAAAUUCCUUAACAAUGUUAAUCUCCGGUUCCAAUGUUGUUCAACUUCUACAGCAUUAUCAGAUACCAUGUUUCAACCUCAAUUUCAUCAACAGGCCACCUUAGCAGACCCACCCGUAGCUCAAAUACCCAAAAUGUCAAACCCUAAUUUUUCAUUUAUAAACACUAGAAUUUUAAUCUCCACGCUCAUGAACUGCAAAAACAUUUUUCAAAUUAAACAAGUUCAUGCAUUAACGACUACAGCUAGUAUGCUUAAUAAUGACGUCAGUGUAGCUAACAAGCUCUUGUUUGUAUAUGUGCGAAACAAAUAUUUAACUGAUGCAUAUCUAUUGUUUGAUAAAAUGCCACAGAGAGAUUCUGGUUCUUGGAGUGUAAUGAUUGGUGGGUUUGCUAAAGUUGGUGAUUUUAUGCCCUGUUUUAUGACUUUUAGGGAAUUGAUUAGAACUGGGAUGCAAGUACAACCUGAUAAUUAUACAUUGCCUUCUGUUAUAAAAGCUUGUAGGGAUACAAUGGAUAUGAAUAUGGGUAGACUGAUACAUUGUGUUGCGAUGAAAUAUGGGUUGCAGUUGGAUCAUUUUAUUUGUGCUGCGUUGGUUGAUAUGUAUGCUAAAUGUAGAGUGAUUGAUGAUGCUAAACUAUUGUUUGACGAAAUGCCGAGUAAGGAUCUUGUAACAUGGACUGUUAUGAUUAAUGGAUAUGCUGAAUGUGGGAAUGCGAAAGAGUCCUUGGUUUUGUUUGAUCUUAUGAGAGAAGAAGGUUUUGUUCCCGAUAAGAUUGCUAUGGUUUCUGUUGUUAAUGCUUGUGCUAAAUUGGGUGCUAUGAAUAAGGCUAGGCUUGUUCAUGAAUAUAUAUGUAGAAAUACGUUUUCUUUGGAUGUGAUAUUGGGAACAGCAAUGAUUGACAUGUAUGCUAAGUGUGGAGAUGUUGAGGCUGCGAGGGAAAUCUUUGAUAAGAUGCAACGGAAGAAUGUGAUUUCAUGGAGUGCAAUGAUUGCAGCUUAUGGAUAUCAUGGGCAAGGCAGGAGAGCUCUUGAAUUGUUCCCUAUGAUGUUAAGCAGUGGGAUAGUGCCUAACAAUAUCACAUUUGUUUCCCUAUUAUAUGCUUGUAGUCAUGCAGGCUUGGUUGAAGAUGGUCUUCAGAUGUUCUCCUUGAUGGGGGAAAGUUAUGGCGUAAGGCCUGAUAUAAAGCACUAUACUUGUAUGGUUGACCUUUUGGGGAGAGCUGGGAGACUUGACGAGGCAUUUAGAUUUAUUGAGAAUAUGCCAGUCGAGAAAGAUGAGGGUUUAUGGUCUGCAUUGCUUGGAGCAUGUAGGAUCCAUAAACGUAUAGACUUGACAGAAAAGGCCGCAAAGUCCCUUCUUGAACUACAACCUCAGAAUCCGGGACACUAUAUAUUGCUUUCUAACAUUUAUGCAAAUGCAGGUCAGUGGAAAGAUGUAGCAAAGAUUAGAGAACUGUUCACCAAAAGAAAACUGAAAAAAAUCCCUGGUUAUACUUGGAUUGAAGUGGAUAACAUUAUUUAUCAGUUUAAUGUCGGGGAUAUAGCUCAUCCUCGAAACAAGGAGAUUUACGCGAUGCUGAAGACUUUGAGUCAGAAGUUGAAGUUGGCUGGGUAUGUUCCAGAUACAAACUUUGUAUUACAUGAUGUUGAUGAAGAAGUUAAAGUUGGACUUCUUUAUACUCAUAGUGAGAAGUUGGCAAUUGCAUUUGCGCUUAUUGCAACACCUGACGGAACUCCUAUCAGAAUGUCAAAGAACCUUAGAGUCUGUGGAGACUGUCACACUUUUAGUAAGCUUGUGUCAGAUAUUACAAAGAGGGAGAUCAUUGUCCGAGAUGCUAAUCGCUUUCACCACUUCAAGGAAGGGGCUUGUUCAUGUGGUGAUUAUUGGUAAUCAAUAUGAUCCCUAGGGUACAUUUCCUCGUCUCAUAUUAUACUUUUAGAUUGCAUAUACUGUGCCUAAAUUCUCAGUUAUUGCUAGAUUAAAUCUAAAUUGCAUAUACUUCAGUAUUUUGAUGGGUGCAAAUAUAUACUUGGGAUUUGAAGUUUCA